CAUAGGUGUCGCCACUGUCAACCCGGGACGGUACAACGGACGUUAGUUCGUUCUUUUAUUCCGGCAGGACUGGACGUGGAAUUACGGUCAUUUUAAAGAUCAAUUAUUAAGGCAAAUUUUCUGUAGGUCACAUAUUUUCCAAACAUUUAUAUCUUUAAGAUUAGGAAGUAAAUCUCCUCUUGAACUUUCACAGGGAAAAAUAUUUUCAAAAAUGAAGACUUACUUUUCAUUGCUAUUUUUGGCCCUUUUUUCUGUGGUCAGUAUCGUGUCAUCAAUGACGAUUCCUCUGACCAAUGUUCUGACCAAGAAUCCCCACACGACGUGCAUCAGGAGCUGUCGAGAGGUGAAAACGAGGCACGGCAUUGACGACUACACGUGCGGAUUCUCGUGCUUAAAAAUCCGCGGGAAAGUGAUCAAGAAACGAAGCAAGAGAGAUACUAAAUCUUCCAAGAAAAACUACAUACACAUCACCCCGAUCCCGAAAAAUUUCAAGUUUUACGACAUCAAUGACGAUAAAGGAAUCAGUUUACCGGAAUUCGCACGCAGCUUGGGUCAUGACCCCAAGACAUUUCACAUCCGGGCAGCUUUCAGUGAAGUAGACAGAAAUAGUGAUGGAAAGAUUGACGUCCUGGAGUUCCACAGUGACGUCCUUGUAUUUGACGGUGAUGGAAUGUUUGAAGACGAUGAUUACAACGUCGACGAUUCCGUCAUAUCAAGGAAGUCCCGCUACGAUGAUGAUGAAGGUGACAGCAGCGAUGACAGCGACAGCAAGGACAGCGAUGAUAGUAGUAAAGAUGGUGAUGACAGCAAUGAUGAUGAUGAUAGUAGCGAUAGUGAUAGCAGCGAUGACAGCGAUGACAGCGACGAUUCUAGCGAUUCUAGUGACAGCAGUGACAGCAGUGAUAGUAGCGAUAGUAGCGAUAGUAGCGAUAGCAGUGACGAUGACGACAAGAAGAAGAAGAGGAAAUCUCGUCGGAAAAAUAAGGGCGACGGUAAUGACAAUGACGACGACGACGACGACAGUAGAAAUACAGACGACGGCGUCAAUUUACCAGUAAUUCAUGUUAAAGAUGACAAGUUAGACGAUACCGCUGACGACAUGCUGGACAAUGUUUUAGAUGGUAUCGAUUUCGAUGGCGAUGACACUAUGGAAGGCAUAAUAAGCGAUAACAUGGACGAUGUGGUCGAUGAUGUGGAUGACGGUGUCAGCGAUGUUGUUGAGAAUGUUAACGACGCUAUGGGUGACGGUAUUAGCGAUGUUGUUGAGAAUGUUAACGAUGCGAUGGGUGACGCAGUCGAUACCAUGGCUGAUCGUGCGAGCGAUGUCGUCGACAAUAUCAAGGAUGGAGUUGAAAACAGGAUGGAUGCUGUUAACGACAUGACUGGAAAUGUAGCAGGCGCAGUCAGUGACGUAGCAGGCAAUAUUGGCGACGCAGUCAGUGACGUAGCAGGCAAUAUUGGCGAUACCGUAGGUGACGUGGUGGACACAAUCAACGACAUGACAGAAAAGGUUGUUGACACAGUAGGUGACGUAAUGCCCGGUAAUUCCGAUGCAAUGAACACCGUCAUUGCCGCUAAUUUGAUUGCCAACGUCGCCCCGCCCUCAAUCAUUCCGAGUUCUCGCAUAAACUCUCGACCACAGGCGACGCUAGCCGGAGCUAACCGACGACUUGAUAUCCCCCCUAACCCGGUACCAGCAGUUGCUGCCCUCCCUGCCGUACCACGCCUCCCCGACUCCCCUGGUGUGCCGUCAAUGUGGGAAGACUCUAGUAAAUCGGGAUCAUCAGAUUUCCAACGGAACAUUGCUAAUGUCGUAUCUCGUAGCAACGGAGGACGGACAUCGGUCGUCCAAACUGCACGUGACGAUAGUAUUCAAUGGAGGUUCUAGUCAUGUGACAUUUUUUAUGAAUGCACCUGCCAGGUGACAACAUUAUUCGAUUUAAAUCAAAUUAUGUGACGGUUAAGCUUAUAUCUGAUAGUAAACAAAAUACGUAUAUAAAAAUAUAUCCAGGUCACGUUCUGGCUACGUUACGACUUUGAAAACUGAUUUCAUUCAUCAAAAUCUACGAUACUAACAUUCGAACUGUUGCAAGUUACGUUCUCCCACAUAUAGUGUGUUUUGAGUGUGAUGGUAACUAAUUUCUAGUUUAGAUUCAAUAACUGAUAUCGACUAAUUAGUCGGACCUCAAUAAUCAUAUGUUUGUAAGAGCCACGGAAAGAACAACUUACAAAGAGACUAGAUAACGCUAUUAUAGACAAACCACAUUCACCGAAAUGUCGCUAUAUUGAUGGUUAUAAAUAGUUAGGCCAUACAACAUAGACCCCAUUAUGUAAAUAAGAUGAACAACAAUGUACAUAGACAUUUUAUAACUUAUUUCAUGCUGACCUCUUCAUUUUUACAAGCUGUCGAUGUAUAACUCAACAAAAUAUUUCUCAUGAUAACAUAUUGUCCUUCUCGCUCUCUUUCGACUUUAUUUUGAACUAUCACUAUAGUUAAUUAGUUUUGUAGACGGAUUAAAAAAAAAUACAAUUAAUGUGUACUUUGUUUUAUGGAUCAGUCUGAGUGAGAAUGAAAUCACGUGUUGUGUUUGUGUAUUUUGUACAUGUAAGUUUUAAUCAAAUAACAAUAAAUACCAU